AUGUUCCUUGCGUUACUAAUCACGCUUGCAGCUUUGUUGACGCCUAAUUGGAGAGCAUUUACAUUGAUAAAUGGAAAGGAAAAACAAGCAGAAACGUAUUCGAUUCCAGCAACGAUGGGACUUAUAUGGUGUGAUUCGCAGCCUCAAACAAAAUUUGAUAUCAGCAUCGAUUAUUGUAAAAUUUACUGGAAUGAUAAGCCAGAAUGGGAAAGAGUCGUUACAGCUUUAGUAAUCGCAGCGACCAGUCUCGAAGUCAUUUCACUGAUUUGGGUUGCGAUAACCUUUUGUGCUUGUUCUUGUCGCCAAUUUUGGAUUCUUUUUCUACCACUCACAGCUUCUCUGACUACAAUACUGCUGGCAUUUGCAGUAUUCAUUUAUACUCAAAAUAACAAUAGUGCUUUCGAGAUUCUUGACGAAAACCAAAGAAGUGUAUCGCAACUUUAUCAUACAGAUUUCUCUUAUAGCUAUUACCUGGCUUGUGCAGCUAUAGUCUUGACAGUUAUCAGUGCUAUUAUUGGUGCAUUUGCCAGAAAACUAGCCGAAACAUGCUGCUAG